UUAACCAACCAAUCUAGAAUAAGUUUGCUGAUCGGUGCUUGUUUUCAUUUAGAAUUGCCUGACAAUUUCCGAAAUUUAUUAUAUGGAUAUUUAACCUGUGUUAUAUCUUCAAAGUGUAGAAUGUCGUGGCAAUAGUGCACUGUGAAAUGCGCGGAAACCGUUAUCAUACAAAGCUACAACAAUGUUGAUAAUAUUCCACGAAAUAACGUUCGCCAAUAGAGGCCGCUCUCAGAUGUGAAACAAAAUGGCUGCCCAUAUGGGGCUUUCCCCUGAAAUCUUGGAAACAGACAAGUUUCCGCCAGACAAAAUUGUUGAUGGCGGAGGCGGGAGGGACAGCCUCAUGGAGCGGCUGCGGGGCCGUGUGGGACAGCACAGGUCCUGGACUGACACUGUGAAGACGCUGAAACUCAUUCAGAUGAAUGACAAGCAUAGGCAGUCGAACUCGAUCGACAAGUCGUGCCUGCAGACAUGUUUAGACAAGCUUCACAGAGCCAUGAAAAUCACCAACCAGCAGACGCUAAUAGAGCGUCUGGACCUGAUCUCGCGCCAGCUCGGAAUGAUCUUCACCCCAUCCACUGUGUCUGACAACCAGGUCGCGCUGACCUCAGAGAUGUUCAAGGUCAUCGUGAUCUUCGACGGUCAGAGCGGCGUCAGAGACGUGAAGAUCAGCCAUCAGGACACGCCCACUAGUUGUGAAGAACUUGUUGACGUGUUACGGAAGGGAGAUUUUGACGAGUUUAUCAGCCAUUUGCAGGGAUUGCUGUCUAUUUAUAGCUUUAAUGGGGAUAAGAAACAGAAAAGCAAGGGGUACCUUGCACUGUCUACACUAGAACACGAUCUCAAUCUUAUAGCUCAGUUACAAAGUUCAAUUAACGGAGUUACCAACUAUAUACACAAGUCUUCACUCGGGAUACUGUUACCAAGAAGGGGAGGUCAUCCGAUGAAGUUGAUUUAUUAUGUGUCUCCAUACGACUUGCUGUGCAAGAAAUCUAAAUCUACAUACCCAAUGACUUUAGAAGCUAUCACAGAGAACGAUCUCGGCCACAGUGUGACUGUCUGUAUCGAGCCGUCCAACUCCAGCAACAAGCUGCAGACAAUGCCUCUCACCAGCGUCAUGGUACAGGACGGCAAAAGAAUGCCAUCCGUUCAGGGUGUAAGUAUGAUCAACAGCAGUCCACUGGCAGCCAGUUUUGUCCUUGUUCUUCCGCAAGCCGUGCCUGUCAGCCAGUCUAUCAUCGAGGGAAUUAAGGAGAUUACUGGUCAAGAUCUAGUACAUGAUAGUGCUAAGCCGUUUUUGUCACUAUUAUUGCAACACAGCUCAGAGUCUAAAAUCAUUGACACCAAAGAGCUGUUUGUGACGCUUCCAGAUCAGCAGCAUGUGUACUAUCUGAACCAGUCAAGAGACGGCAUUCUCUCAGGGGAGGGCUGCCUCGUGCGUAAGAUUCCAUUCACGCACCCAACAAUGGUCCCCAGCGUACUGAACCUGCUUCGUCAGCAGCUCGUGUUCAACUCCGUUCUCAGCAGCAUUAUAAGGCCUCUGUCACGAAAAGACCAUGCCUCUUCAUUGGUGUUAGAACUGAUGACUGUCUCCCUUCAAUAUCUCAGUGUUAUGUUUGAACAUCCGCUGCGACAUUCCCUAAUAACUGUGGAGUUCAACCUCAGCGACAUAACAAAUGUCCAGUGCAAGAUGUGUACAAUCAACAGGGAUGCCAGCAUUUGCCCCGAUGAUUUCAUUUCAAAAGUGUUUCAAAGGUGUUUCUCUGUCCCGGUCACUCUAAGAUCAGUCAUUAAAAGGGUCCAGGAAGACAUUCGAAAGCUCGCCCCGCCGCUUCCAGUAACAAAACCAGUCGUGAAAUCCCGCCUUACUUGGCAUAAGCAUUUACAAUACCAGGCCAUGCUAGCACGGAAUAUCACGAACAAUAUUAAUUAUAAAACCCCAUUAGUGACAGCGCCAGUGCCUGUUACGUCAUCGCCAGUGCUCGUGUCUAGUUUGACUAGUUUACCAAACCCUCCGCCGUACCCCGGUUGCGAACUGUGGGUGUCUCAAGCCGGUCAGCAACAACCGCGGCUCGAAAUCAAUAAAUACAGUAUCGGAUUUACGCGCCCCUUCGAGACAAUAAACUCUGAAUCCGUGUCGUCAGUGGCAAUGGAGGAGCGUCACGAUCGGCCGCCCGCGAAUCCGUUGCUUGCGACCUUAUUGGACGCUGGCUCACCCGCCGCAGUUGCGGAAAUUCCAAGUUCUCAAAGUAUUAUCAGUGAUAGUCCAAUGUUGUCAAAACUGUUAGAGGAAAAUACCUCCGUAGCCACGAAUCCGUUUCCUCCGCCAAAUCAACGUAAACGCCUUGUGAAACGAAAAUCUUCGAAGGACGUUACUGCGGCAGGCAAAAGCCCGAAACAUCGGGUGUCUGAGUCGGAAAUGGUCGAGCGGACUAGUGAGCGAACAAAUCACGAAAGGCAUGGUCAGGGUUUGGGCGAAAAGCACAUAGACUUGGAUUCGAGUGGCGGUUCCUAUGACGACCCAAUGAGACCUCCCAGUGCCAGCAGUGUGUGUAGUUUAGGUCCCCAGUCGGAUGGGUCUGUGAUAGACCUCACCGACAGCUUUGGCGAGUCGCAUGUGAAAAAGCUGGAGAACAGCUUGGACAGUUUUAUCAACAAGGAGUCACCGCACAGUGCAAUGGGGUUGAGCCACCAGCUCAAUCAGAUGAACAAUCAGUUUAGUUCGUUUGAGGAUCUUCUCGGUUUCAGUUUCCCGGAUUUCACAAAUCCCAAUCAAAACCACCCAAAUGCAACCAACCCCAUGCUUUUGGACGGAGGCAUGGACUUUCAAACGCCUCAGCCCCAAUGGGUGUCCAGACAGACUCCGCCUACAACUAACUCUCGCGGUUCACCACACCACGGCGUCCUGCCAAAAAACGAGAAAACCUCUACCUCUCUUGAGGAUCUGCUCCAAGGGCCCCGAGGUAGAGAGAAGGAUGGCCCAUCCCCCGUGAUGCAUAUGUGGCAAAACUUGCAGCAGCACAAACGGCAAAACUUCAAACAACGUCACGGGCGAAACAGUGUGGAGAGCUCAGGGGGUGUAAGUGCGGACGGGUUUUCCCCAUUGAUGACCUCCCCUAGUCAUCACCCUUUGGCCUCCCCUGGAGGUCAGUUCCCGAUGCCCUCGCCUACUGGUUACAUUAUUUCACCGGGUAGUGUGCCGCCCAUGAUGUCCCCUAGUCAUUCGUCCAACCUGACGUCGCCUGUGCUGUCACACGUGAAAUCGGAACCGUUUCUUUUGGAUCCAAAGACUGGUUUACAAAGUGUACCGCAUCCGAACGCUAUGAGACUGAAUUAUUCCUUCGGGCAUGGCCACGUGCCGACGGGUGGAAAACCUAGUCUCUCGAUGCUGAAAGCUCAGUUAGAACAGCGGAAUGACACAAGUGCAAUACUUCAGGAGAGGGACUUAGUUCUUAAGGACGAGGUCUCCAACAGCUCAAAUAAUUCAUCCGGGUCGCAAACGCCUACUGUGAAAUUAAAACUUAUGAAUUUAAAUAGAGUGCUGGAGAGUGGUGUGUCUAAUUCUGACAGUGAGGAGAAAUCGCGGACUAGUGCUUUCGAUUUUCACAGUGACGAUGAAGAUUUCGAUCUUCCGAUGGUGGAGAAGAUAACGGUAGUGUCUGCUUCACCUACGCGUUUACAGAUCUCAAAUAAAAGUACUCUCGCAAGCUUUAAUAAGUUCAAUCGAAGUGAAAAGAGAAAGCAGAAGGAGAAGGCGUUAAAGAAUGCGCUUUCGGUGGAUUCAGGGAAAAGAAAAAGGGACAGAGAGGAUAAGAAAGAGAAGAAGCGGAAAAAGAUUAAUUCAUAUCAGGGGGAUGAAGAAGUAGUGUAUAAAUCGAUAGCUGUAGAGGUUGGGGGUGAUGAUGAAAAACCUGUUAUGCCUAAGUUAAAGAUAUUGAAAAAAAGUGGUAAAAUUUCUGUGCUAAGUUCUUUGGAUGUAAAAGAGGAGAAAGUUGAGGCGAAAUCGUCAUACGUUGCUCAAGGAAAGGAUAUUACAGUGAGUGACUGGAAUGAACACAAAAAUACAAUUGAUAAAGAUGUUGUAGUGAAUGUGGAACAAAUCGGUAAAGUUUUGAAGAAAUCAGACUGUGCUAAGGGUGUGAAAGAGAAAGACACAAGGCAUAGAGAUGUUGAGAAAUCUAGUGAUAAACUGGGUAUCCCAAUAUCACGGACCCCUUCUGCAUCGGAUGAAGGGAUCUUUGAUAGAAUUAAUGCCAUGAAAAGUGAAAGCCUUGGAAAAAAUGAGGACUCGAAUAGUUCCUUAGAGAGAAAACCUGGAAGUGCAGAUAAUUCCCCAAAUUUGAACCACAAGAAAGUAUCAAAAUCGUCUUCAUCCUCAUCUUCCAAAUCACAGAAGUCACACAAACGCUCAAGUUCUAGUUCAAAGACAGACCCAAAAAUGAAGACUCCCACAAUUAAGCUGAAACAGAUUUCCCUGCCCACUAGUACCUCCUCCAGUGUUAAAGUCCCUAAAACACCGACCACUCCCGGCAUGCCCGCGACCCCCAAGAAUCUUUCCCAUUCCCCUACCUCAACAACGAUUGGCAAAAUUGGUGCUGUGUCCCUGGCAACUUCGGGAUCCCAGAAGCAGUUGUCCGGAAGUUCGAGCAAAAGUCCACAGGGCUCAAGCAGUGGUGGCAAGUCAUCUAGUCGAAAUUCAAGCAGUUCUCUAUCAAAAUCCAGCUCAAGUUUGCAGAAGAGCAUUCAAAUCCAGGGGCCUAGUGGCAAGAAUUCUCCGGUACCCCAGAGUAAAUCUGGACAUUCGAGAAGUCUAAGUUCGUCUGGAGCAAUCUUAAACUCAGGGACCUCAAAAUCAGACAAGCUAAGCAAGUCUCUCUCGUCAAGCAAUAGGACCUCCUCCCCGCUGUUGGAAAAGGAAAAGUCAAGGUCUAAAUCUAGCAGUCGGGAUCGCGAAAAGUCGACUUCAAGCAGCAAGUCCGCUACCACUCCAAGCACCACUCCAGAUACUGCUGCAGAUCUGUUGUCUUUCUUGAACCCCAAAGCCAACAAAAUUGCAAGCUUCACCAUACCAAAGCUGAGUUCAAACGUCAACACGCAAAAGGCUUCAACUCCCACAACUUCUGCCACAGUUUCCAUUGUUUCCCCGACCACUGCGGUGACUUCUACUACAACGUCUGCUUCUAUUGUUGUUAAUUCUGUUGCAAAGCUUUCUAAACCUGGUUCAAACGUUGGGAAAAGUGCUGCUAAUAGUGUUGGGAAAACUGAGAACGCUUUGAAUAAAUCGAACGCCAACAGACCUCAUAAUUUGAACGUGUCGAUUACGUCAAACAAUUCCAAAGGUGUUAACUCCCCUAACAGUUUCUCGCAAAGGAGUAACUCUGUGCAUAACAAAAGCAAUAAUCCAAAUCAUAAUAAUCAAAGCCCAGGCUUUAGAAACAAUGGCAGUAGCAAUAAUAAUAAGCUAUCUGGCAGUAUUAAUAACGUGACUCAUUCUCAAAAACCGGGCAUCCUUAGCAAUGGAACUACUAAUCAAAUGGGUCCAUUGAAAGGGAACAGCCCCUUGAACGGUGGUGGUAGUAAACCAAAUAGUGCUAGCGACAGUGCCAUGAGAGGAAACCCAAACGUUACGAAUAAUAACACAAACUCUAGGCCACCUACUAGUCUAGUCCCUAAUGCCCCUAAAGGCCCCGGGCCUCCUAACAGCAAAUCAGAUUCAAGUACUAAUUUUAGCCAAUCGGAUUCAAGUACCAAAACAAAACCUGACAGCCAAUCACCUGGGAGUGUUAAAGUUCGCAAAGGAUCUCUCUCAGCUGUAAUUGACAAACUCACCUGCAAGGCUAGUGGUCCUGUGCCUGCCAGUGCUUCAUCGAGUUCACAAACUGGUACUCCUGUUUGCAUUGAGGAACCACCUGCAAGUCCAGAUAUGGACUCCGAUGCUGCGAGUGAAGCGAAACCUGCAAAAGUUGUUGUGAUAUCAGAGGCGCCUGCUUCACCCGAACUUGACACUCCGUGUUCGCCGGAAUGUGGCGUCAUUAGGGCUAGUAGGAUAAUUAGUAUUCCCCUUGAAAAUGAGCCUCAAAACAAGGGGGACGAAAUCAGUUCCCCCACCCCCAGUCCAAAGAGUUUGUCAUUUCCGGACAAAAUUACUGGUCCUAAAAUCAUUCCAUUAAAUUCAGUAAAAGAAUUUGCAAAAAAUUCCUCACUGAAUUCUAGUUCUAAUACAAAGACGGAUCACUUUAAUCCAGUGUCGCAACAAAAUGGCUACUUAACGAAUCACAGUGAAGCAUUAAUUGGCUCAAACAGGGGUAAUAACUUGCACGAACCCUAUGCUAAAGAUUUCAAAGUUCCCACUCCCACCAAAAUGUUAGAAAACUCAGAGCCUUUGAGGCAUAAUGUAGUAGACUUUGAAAACCUGGGUGUUCGAAGACGAUCUCGAAGUGGUUCUAAAGCAUCUACCCCAAGUAGUCCCCCAAGCAGCCCAGAAAAUGGUCUAAUAAUAGAUUUCCCUGUGUCACCACAGUUGAACCUGAAAAGCAAUUCCCCAUAUAAGGUUGAGAAAUCGGGCACAGACAUUUUGAGGACUUCACCUAAUCAUGUGAUAUCGCCGUUGGUUAAAAUGCCGUCAAAGUUGCACAUGUCGUCUGGCAGUUCACCGGCCAAUGGAGAAAACGCGAGCGCCAGUUCAAAUGAGAAUUCCCCGGCAUUCAUUGAGGACGAUUUAAUGGACGAGGCUCUUGGUCUUGGAACUUAGCCCCUUUGUUAACCCUUUACCACUCAGAAACGCAUUUCGACGCAUUUGAAAUUCCCCCAGAAAAUAAAAUUGAUUAAGGAAUUUCGUACUAGAUUCAAUCUUUUAACUCUUUCAGUGCUGGAACCGAAUUUUGAAGGCCUUUGCAAACAGUUUGGAACGUGGCGUCUCAUCAGGAUCCAAACUUUUUGCAUUUCUCAUAGUAUUCUUUGAAAUAAAUCUAAGAAAAUGUUAAUUUUAGAAAUUCAGCACACUUCAUUUUAGCAGAUAACACAUUACCCAGCAUGCAAAGGGUUAAAGGUGUCAUUUCCAACCAUAAGGUACUGAUAAGCAGAAAAAAGCAUGAAAACGUGAACAGACUGCGAGGUACUAGCGGGCUGUUCUGGUUGAAUGUUGGUUGCAUAGAACCAUUUUCACUUUGCUUCUGAGUGGGAAAGGGUUAGACAGGCUUUAUCUUGCCUUUUCUUGUGGAAAAUUCCAUGCCACAGAAAAAAAUAUCGAUUUUAUUCCUAUUCAGUAUCAUUUGUCAGCAAGAAUUAAUAAGCUGUUAUUUUUAUGUACUUUUUUGGGGAAUUGAGUGUGAUCUAAGAAACAGUGUUUUUUUCGUACAUAGUUAAACUGUUAUGUUUUGAAAAUUAGGUAAAUUCCAUUAAAACUCGGUAUCUCAAGAAAAAAUCUUUCACAAACAGUAUUAGUUAUUCAAUUCUUUUUUGAUAAUAUUUGGCUUUGGUAUAUCAUGUGAAGAACCAUUCAAUCGGUUUCAUUGUUAUUGAAUUUUUUUACAUACCAUAUUUUUGUUCGAAGUAACUUAUUUUUCGUGCAUAGAUUAUCUUUUUAUAUUUUGAAAAUCAUGUUAAGUCAAGUAACACUAUAAAUAGCACAAUAAUUUCUUUGACAUACAGUAUUUGGUACUCAAUUCCACGGUAAUAAUGUUUGCGUUUGGAAAAUCAUGUUCUUGAUCACACAGUUUUCAAUUGUUGGGUUGAACACUGUAUUGUGUAACAAAAAAGUGCAGAAAGGUUUAAUGUUAAUAUUCCCAUUUGUAUUUCAAUUUAUAUGUAAAGUCUAUAUUUUCGUUCAAGAAAUCUUCCUGUAUAUCAUAGUGAAUUUUUUAUAGUCAUAGUUAAGGUUUCAUAUGAUAGUUUUAUAUCUUGUUUUUAAUCAUGGUGUUUUUUAGAAACGUCUUGUCAAGUCCAAUGUCAUAUUUUGUAAUUGAUAUGUUUGUUGUUUAGAAUUUUCUAUCAUGUCAAGUCAACAUGUUUGUUUAUGUAAGCACCCUGUACUCUUACAAAUGUUUUGCAGUCUGGGACAUUGCACUAUUGUAGUAAUUAUUAUUGUUAUUUUUUGUUAUUUAUUAUUGCUCACUUUCGUUUUUUGUCUUGUUUAGUUUUUUUAUUGAGAACUUGUUACAUAUAUGAUAUUUAUAAUGUUUUUUUGUGUAAAGCUAUUUCCACAUUGGAAAGCAUUUCUUAUAAGAUUGAAAUUUGUUAAUGAUUCUUUUUUUUAUAGCUUCAAAUUCCACCAAAAAGAAUGUAGUACUUUUUGGGAACGUAACCAUGUGUUUUUGCGGGUUAGACCGUUAACAGAAAUUUAAUGCAAACCAUUUCAAGAAAUUACAUUUGAAAAAUCCCUUACAGACUGGUUUCAGAUGACAUAAGACAAUAUAAAUUCAUUUUCUUGACAUUUAUGUUGCCCAAUUUGUGUUUUAAAUGUCUGACUUUUACAUAUACAUGUAACAGUAAUCCUUUGUGCAUUUCCCUAUAACGAUGACUUUGAGAUUUCUUUACCGCCUAUACCUUGCUUAAAUUAUUAGACAGAUUCAUUUAACCCUUUACAAGUAUUUUGACUCAUUUGUAGUCACAAAGUUUAAUUAUAUUAAAUUUUAUUUUUUACUAGAUUAAAGUUUUAAAGGCUUCAUUUCCAAACCGUACAUACUGAUGAGUAGCAAACAGCAUAAAACCUGAACAGACUGCGAGUAACUCGCAGGCUGGUCUGGUUUUAUGCUGGUUGCAAAAGCCAUUUUCACUCUGCUUCUGAUGGGGAAAGGGUUAAAUCUCUACUAUUCUAUACUUUCUUGUACAUUUAAACAAUCUAUAAGACUUUUUAUUAUCAAAUAAAGAAAAUAAAAUGA